AUGGAUUUUCCAGCAUGGCAAAUCAAAGUGGUUCUUAUAUUCAUCGUUGUGAUGCAGAUUUUCGUCUUCUACGCGUUUGAUAUGGGUUUUCACCUAAAGAAAGUGCAGGAUUCCCAAGAUUCUUGGAUAAAAGCAAAGGGUGGAGUGGAAAAUUUAAAUAGAAAUCCUAUAUACUCUAAAUUCAAAAUAAUGAGGCCAGCAAUCAGAAAGAAAACAAACCUUUUGAUUAUUGUUUCAUCAGCCCCAAAAAGAAGAGAGAGACGGUCAGCAAUUAGAGAAACGUGGUGGAAAGAUUGUGUGAGCAGUGACCAGGUUAUUGUUAAAUGCAUCUUCAUCACAGACCAACCUGACGGAUCAUCACCAGACGGGAAAAAGUUGAUCAAAGAACAAAGAACUCACAAUGAUCUUGUAUUUCAAAAUCUCAGUGGUGGAGUCGAGUUUGGCAAACGGUUUUUGUAUCACAUGGUUUGGGCCAUGCAGAACUACGAGUUUGAUUAUUUUUUAAGGAUGGACGAUGAUUAUUUCUUUUGCCUCAAGCGAUUUCUGCACGAGCUUCCGAUGCCAAUGCGCCCCAUGUACCACUGGGGAUACGUACACUGCCUUCCAAACAUUGUUCGACCCGAGGAGAGUGUAAUUUUAUUCUCACGUGACCUAAUAGAAGUGUUUUUGAACCAAGAUCCGUAUGAAAUGAAAGGCCAUCCUUGGGCAGACCAGAUGAUAGCAACAUGGGUGAAAGAUCUUAAUAUACCCGCUCUAUAUAACCACGACCGUAGAUUACAUCAUGAUCCACCACUAAAAUUUAUGAAAAAUAUUACCCAACGUUUUAAAAAAGUUUGCGACAAUUUCAUCGGGGUACAUGGAAGUUAUCCAAAGGACAUGAGACUUUUAUGGAGAUUAUAUAGUAAGUAUUCAAGAUUUUAUGCUAAUCUAGAUUUGUAUACCUCAAAAUGCGAAGUGCCUCAGCGAUUCAAUUGGACCCUAUUUGCCGACGUUUGGAGAUAUGAGCCAAAGAAAUUGAUCGAUAACCCUUCAUGGAAUACUACAAAGCAGAAAAAGGACGAUAAAGAAUACCUUGGUAGAGAGGGCGGUCAAGUGUAAAGGAAUUAAGUGUUUUAACCAAACAAGAACAAAACGUAAUGCGAUGUAAAAGUCCUUGGAAAAGGAGAUAGGUCUCAUGUCUCCUUACAUGUGCCAAAUGCCAAAAGGAGCUUUUUUUCUCAUUUGUCUUUGUACUCUGGAUCAAUUUUUACACAAGCAAAUAGGAUGAUAGGCCGAAAAAUUCUAUACUUGAGAGUUUCAAAAUAAAAAUACAUUCCACGUACACAUUGGAAAAACCAGGCAUCAACAGAGUCCAGAAAAGUUGUCAAUCUUCCUCCGGGCCAAGUGUAUCUCACUAUAAAACCUUCCUCAUUUUUAACGUGUUUUAAAUGGGCGUGGUCUGGAAGUCAGGGCUACUUAACUAGUUUUAACCCAUUUUCUUGCAACUCUAUGUUUCCAAAAAUAAUAGUUUGUUUUUUAUUAUAGAUAUUUUUGGUAGAGAUUAAAAUAAACAUCCCUUUAUUAAUUGAAAACAAAGUGUAUUAUGAUUUAAAUAUAUAAAUUACAAAAGUUUACGCUUAAAUUUUACAGUGCAAAGCAGUUCUGUAACACAUUUGAUAUAAAAAACAAGAUUUUUAUAGAUAUUGAUUAAUUUCUUUAUUUUUGUCUGACUACAUUUUGAAAGCCAGAAGACCAAGUCUCCAAAUUUUUGGUCACCUUCAUAAAUUUCGUUUUGGACCCCUUUGGUUUCUACAAUCUUCCUCCAGCCAGCGGUCGUAGGGCCGUGAUGUUUUCCUGACUCUGCAUUGAAGUGGAUGGUUUUAUUCCUACACAGUUGAUACUCCUUGUUGUAUAAAGUUGGUAUUUCGUCGUUUUACCUUAGUUCUUCAAUAGGCUGUUUUGUCAUUGCUGAUAGUUUUGCAAAAGCAGCACUAUUGCACGUGGCUUCUUGAUUUUUCUUGCUUUUGCAACCUAUACUACAUUUUGCUGAGAUUCAGAAUUGCUUUACAGUCAAUUUUUUAAAAUAAAUGGGGAACGAGGAGGCAUUCAGUGGCGCUGAUUGCUUGACGUCAAGUUACAAAAAUGAUCUACAAAAUUAAAAUUUCCUGGUUGUUCCACUUUUUAUUGCAGAAACAAAAGAUAUAAUAUAAUGUCUGGAUUCACAGAGUCGUAUUUUUCUUAUUGAUCUUGUUUUUACCGUUCCUUUCAAAAUCAAGUUUAUUGAUCAUUUCUAGGAAGCUUGCAGAGAUUUGAUCAAAAACAUCUAGUGAAUGCAUCGUACUGUUUUAAUAACUGUUCUGUCUAGUUGAUAUGUUGCAGUAUUAACGCACAUAUAAAAACCUGGUUUUUUCAGUAAGCCUAAACAGGUUCUUAUAUGAAUGGUACUUAAAAUGAAUUUAGGCUACCAAUGUUCUUAAAAUAGGUUCUUUUUUAUGUGACAAAAUACGCUCGGUCACUUUUAAGUUCGUCGAAAAGAGUAUUAAAAAAGCCAAGCUCUUGUCGUUUUCUAUAAAUUUCACGUACCCAGAACUUUCUUUAUGAUUUUGUCUACAAAACUUGAAGCCUUCUUAAACGUGAAAGGUUCAACAAAAUUGCCAAUCUCUUUCUCAAAGUUUCGCGGUUCAUUUUGACUUGUCUUCACACAGCUAGCUGGGUGUUUAUGUUUUGCAAGUGGAAAUGCCUCGGUAGUUUAUCUGUUAUCUUUAAUUCAAUUAAAGGAUAAGAGAUGGACGCACUUGAACGCAGUUAGUUGCCUAGUGGGAACCAAGAUUUAGAUUAGUAGGUAGAGCUAUCUGUAAAAGAUCACCAUUCAUGAAAGACGAGCGCGAAGUUAAUUUGUAAUAACAGCGCGCGAAACAGAUGCAGUCAAAAAUGAAAUUUAUCACCUAACGAUUUGGUAUGGAUCAAAAGCUCAUUGAUGUAUAAAACCCCACAAAAAUAAGCAGACAUUGAAAAGCCUUUUUGAAAAGAGGUAGCAAACGUGCAUGAGAAAAUACGCUUGGCCAUGGACAUUGAAACUGGCAUUAGAGUAUAUCAAUACAGUAAAUGGCAAUCCUACGAGUAUUCGACGAAAGUCGGCGUCCCUGGCGACAAAAAUCGCUAGUCAUGAAUGGGUAAAUUGACUAUUGACAUGUCUUGAAUGACUAGUAUUUUAAUAACAUUUUUUCUUUUAGUGUUUUGUUUUAUUUUAUUUAUUAGGUAACCUGAUUAUAUCUAGGUUAAACAACAGGCAUUUAGUUACCUGGCAAUUAAAUGCCUAGUGUGUUAUUAAAAGACUUCGUUUAUUACAGUAGAAAUUUCUUUAUGAGCAUUUCAUUAAUUACUAGCAAAAGCAUGAAUUUGUUGUGGUAAUUCAAUAAAACGCCAUAGGCAACCUCAGAUGGCAAAAAUCAUCGUCGAUUCUAAAUGGAUGCGACUUAAAAGAGGGCUUAGGAGGGGCAAAUUUUGGGGCCUGUGAUAUACACUUUAAAAUUGCAUACCUAUUUUUAAUUUUUCAUCCAUUCAUUAUUAAUAAUUUUAUUAUUUAAAAUAAAGUUGAUAUCAACGUGUGACAAGUUGCUGUAGCAGUAAUUCUAUUAAUGUUAUUCUUAUGUUGUUGUUGUUGUAAUUAGGUUAGAGGUCCUCUUGGCCUAGAUACCCAUUAUAAAAAAAUUAACUCAGUCAUAAAAAGUUCCUUGUCACUUAUUAAUUGUUGAAGAUGAUCUACCUGGCUUUGUUUAAGAUUAAAAUUGAAUGCAGCACGGACAGUUUAUACCAGGGGUUCUUGACUGUUAUGAUUGCCGUGCCAGAAAAACAUGAUAACUUUCUUCGGCCGAGUUUUCAACUUUACAUAGCUUGUGGCAGAAAAGUUGCUCAAAGUGAAGUUCAGAUCUCAUACAUACCAGGCUAAAUUAUAGAUAAGAUAGGCGGGCCUAUUAUUUCUUGUUGGAUUCUAUAUUCGUAAAAUCUAUUCAGUGUGCUUAUUUUCAUGAAAUAAAUUUUGUAAGGGUGGAUGAAAAAGAGAAAAAGGGAGGGCAGUGAUAACAUUUAAGAGCAUUGUUCUGGCUUGAUGUGGGAGGGACUGGCUCAACACAAAUUUACAUGCCCGACGCCAGAGAUAACUUUCUGGGGGAGGGGGACUAAAAGCUUCAAACUGUAACAAAGUAUAUAUACCUAAAAUAUGGUUUACACAAAAUUAUGUAACUUUACGUUUCUUUUACCUGGUUAAGUCCGAAGACAGUUGUGCUAUUUUUGAGUAGGACGUUAAUAUUCGUGAGGUCAACUUAAUGAACUUGAAGUCGGAUCUAGAGACCAGGAAACGUAGACGUAAAGUGGGGCCAUAAUUUAAUGAUUGUAUUUGUGUUAAACAAGGCCGCCAUCAUGGUUGGCAGCAAGGAAAAUUUUGUAUUAAAAUAAUCUAGGGAUGGCCAGAAACUGCAUUUAAAACCGAAUUUAACGGGAGAAAAUCUAGUGGUUCCAUAGUUUUAUCUAUUUCAAUGUUGACACAAAAGAAGGGCAUAGCAGCAAGUUAUUUUAGCAUAGCAGCAAGUGGUCAAUUUUUUUAGAAAUGAAUGAAACCAAGAUAAGAUGGAGAGAAAAAAUAAAAAAAAAACAGUUUGGCAAAAAAGUAUUUGCCUGUGACCCAUUCCACAAAUGCUGCCACAUACGCAAAAAGCAUGAACUUUAUGAACUAAAGAUAAAAUCUUGUAUCGGGCCUAGGAUCUCAUAAAGUUUCUUGCCUCGGGCCAAGAGAUAAACCCCCACCGCGUCCCUGCUUGUAAAUUUUGAGGAAGGGGCCAUAAAAGUCUACGAAAUUCUAACUAGAGCUGUUUUCAAAUAAUUAUCAGGCAUGGAUCUGUUAGAUCGACUAGUCACAAAAUGUGCCGUGCCGAAUUUAGCCAGCAAUCAUUUCAUUACGUCACAAUCACAAAUCAGCUUCGCAACAAUAAAUAGUGCAACAUUCAAGCAGUAGUCAUCCAGACGAAACUUGCGACGGCUCGAGGGAGUUCAAAAAGAGAAAAAUGGCGAAACGGCGUUAUGCGGUGGAUAGACUGAAAAUUAUUUCAGAGGAAAUGGCUGUCUUGCCCAAGCUUCUGAAAAUUUCGAUAUAUAUGGGUGUAAUAGCAAUUUUAUUAGCUGGAGUUAGCAUCUAUUUCCAGUUACAAAGUAUGAGGUUGCUUCAUCGAGCUGAAACGAAGCACCGAACAUUUAUCAAUAGGAUCACGAAUGCAAAAAUAUUGGGUGAUGCAUGGCAAUUAGGAGACAGAAAAAGGAGUGUGGACGGAGCAGAAGUCGGCGCUAGCGAGCAAAAACAGUGUAGAUAUCGCCAGAAAACAGAAUGGGUAUACUUUGAUGGCGAUUCUGUCGACUCGGAAGGAACCAUAACAGUCGCCUUCACUGGGUCUGAGGUUAGUAUUUAUCUGAUAAUUCUUGAGGAAAAGUAUCAAGUAUUCUUCGGGAAUAUAAAUACGAGGAUUUAUCUCUUGUAUGCAAUUUAAAGUUGCAUUAAUUUACUAACUCGGGAAAGACAUACCAAUACUAUAUAAAAGGCAUAAAGCUCCCUCAGAAAAACUUCCAUAGACAUCAUACGGUCAGUCAUGAGGCCGCGUUCCCAUUUUGUGCAAUUUAAAGUAACAAAUUGUUAAUAUACUUCAUAAUAGCAGAGUAAAACAACCAAAUUUUUGAACAAGCAAAAAUAAUUUGUUUCUGUAUUUAGGGCUACACUGUGUCAACAGCUAGCUGCGCUGCCUCGCUUGGGAGUGUCAAUUCUCUUAAGCAGUCUGGUGAAGGCCUCAGCAAGAUUUAUCACUGUGUUUGCAAAGCAGAUGCGAGUCAGCUAAAAGAGGAUCAUCUUGGAUAUGGAAAACUGACGUGCACUGCAAAUUACUGGGAAUGUCCAGUGAAAUAGAAGAACCGUUCCACAAUAGUAAAAAUAAAACUAUUCUUAUUUAGAAAAUGAUUCGAUUCUAUUGAUGUAAGUAAAUCUUAUCUUAAAGUUGCGAAAUAUAAGUUGUGCAAAAAUGUAAUUAAACAUUUUCAAUUCAUAUUUUCAAAAAUAGCAAUU